UUACACCAUUUCCCCUAAAACUUCCCCUUCCGAUGUUGUUCAUUCUGAAGACCCUUCUCAAGAAAAAACCACAUUUUAUCAGAGAAUAACUAUUCCCGUCAAGCAAACUGGAGGUAGCAUGUCUAUUUCGCCAUCAAGUCGCGAUGUAGUAUUGGCGGCACGAAAUGGAAUUUUCAUUAUCGAUCUUGAAAACCAGAAUGAACCUCCGCGUCCACUUUACCAUCUGACAAAGUGGGAUGUAGCCGACGUGCAGUGGAACCCGCACCCGGCUCGUGAUGAAUGGGUGGCAUCAACG